CGCUAUUUGGCUCAUCUCUAGUGAGGAUUUCUGGUGCAUUAAUUAAUUGUGUUGUUAUGGAGAGGUGUGUCGUGCAUGGCACCAUCUAUUUAAAUUUAUGCAGAACAGACUGGGAAAAUUAGCCAUGUCUUUACAAAGUGCACUUGUGGUUAAACAGGAAUCAAAUGACCAAGCAAUACAAUUUAUGGAUUUAAAAUCAGAUGUAACAUUGGCAAUUUUAACUUUAGAAGAUGUGAAACCAAAUUCAACAUUGCUUUCAACUUCAAAUGUUAUCAAUCAAAAUAUAUCAUCACAAUCUUCACCUUUUGAAGUCAAGUCAAAUGAAACAGUUCCAUUUUCAACUUCAGAUCAACAAUCAGAUGAAACAUUUUAUUAUUCUAAAGAUAUGAAACCAAAUGUUUCAACAGAAUUUUUAAGUUGUGAUGUUAUGAAAAAGGAUAUAUUAACAUUUUCAACAUUUAGUGGUGAAAACAAAAAUACCUUAGAUGUUAAAAGACAGCUUGAAUAUUUACCAGAUUUAGAUGCUUUUAUUGAAAAUUUUACAGUUUUAAAAUCAGAUCUUCAUCAUGAUUUAAAAGAACUCAAGGAAUUGCAUAAAGAAGUUAUUGAUAAUUUUCCAACAAUGUAUGAGCUCAGGGAUAAGGGACUGAAGACAUAUAAGUGUGAUAUGUGUUGUCAAAGAUUUACUCAAUUUAAUCAUAUUACACAACAUAUGAAAACUCACACAAGAAAGAAUUUAUAUGGGUAUGAUUUUCAUCAGCAACAAGGUGCUAUGAACAGUCAUGUAAAACAGCUUAAGAAAAUAAACAAGAAGUUUUCUCUGCAUAAAUUACAUCCUGAAGACAGAUGCAAUAAAAGUUUUAAUAGUAAAUAUCUUUUAUCUCAACAUAAAAAUAUUCAUGCACAAAUCAGACCACAUGAAUGUGAUGUGUGUCAUAAAAAGUUCACUAUGAAGAGUAAUUUAUCUGAACAUAAAAAUACACAUUCUAAUCUCAAGAGAUAUGAAUGUGAUGUGUGUCAUAAAAAGUUUGCUCAUAAAUCUAGUUUAUGUACACACAAAAUUAUUCACUCUGGACAUAAGCCAUAUGAAUGUGAUGUGUGUCAUACAAACUUUGCUCAGAAGAAUAGUUUGAUUAUGCACAAAAAUAUUCAUUCUGGAAUUAAACCACAUGAAUGUGUUGUGUGUCAUAAAAAGUUUGCUUAUAAAUCUAGUUUAUAUACACACAAAAUUAUUCACUCUGGACAUAAGCCAUAUGAAUGUGAUGUGUGUCAUAAAAAGUUUGCUCAUAAAUCUAGUUUAUGUACACACAAAAUUAUUCAUUCUGGACAUAAGCCAUAUGAAUGUGAUGUGUGUCAUACAAACUUUGCUCAGAAGAAUAGUUUGAUUAUACACAAAAAUAUUCAUGCUGGAAUUAAACCACAUGAAUGUGAUGUGUGUCAUAAAAAGUUCACUACGAAGAAUUCUUUAUCUGACCAUAAAAAUAUACAUUCUAAUCUCAAGCCAUAUGAAUGUGAUGUUUGUCAGAAAAAGUUUGCUCAUAAAUCUAGUUUAUGUACACACAAAAUUAUUCACUCUGGACAUAAGCCAUAUGAAUGUGAUGUGUGUCAUACAAACUUUGCUCAGAAGAAUAGUUUGAUUAUACACAAAAAUAUUCAUGCUGGAAUUAAACCACAUGAAUGUGAUGUGUGUCAUAAAAAGUUCACUACGAAGAAUUCUUUAUCUGACCAUAAAAAUAUACAUUCUAAUCUCAAGCCAUAUGAAUGUGAUGUUUGUCAAAAGCGUUUCAAUCAUAAAAGUCAUUUAUCUCAGCAUAAAAAAACUCAUUUACAUGAGAAACCAUAUGAAUGUGAUGUGUGUCAUAAAAAGUUCACUACGAAGUAUUCUUUAUCUGACCAUAAAAAUAUACAUUCUAAUCUCAAGCCAUAUGAAUGUGAUGUUUGUCAAGAGCGUUUCAAUCAUAAAAGUCAUUUAUCUCAGCAUAAAAAAACUCAUUUACAUGAGAAACCAUAUGAAUGUGAUGUGUGUCUUAAAAAGUUCAAUUCGAAGAAUUAUUUAUCUGACCAUAAAAAUAUACAUUCUAAUCUCAAGCCAUAUGAAUGUGAUGUUUGUCAAAAACAUUUCAAUCUAAAAGGUCAUUUAUCUCAGCAUAAAAAAACUCAUUUAUAUGAGAAACCAUAUGAAUGUGAUGUGUGUCUUAAAAAGUUCAAUUCGAAGAAUUAUUUAUCUGACCAUAAAAAUAUACAUUCUAAUCUCAAGCCAUAUGAAUGUGAUGUUUGUCAAAAACGUUUCAAUCUUAAAUGUCAUUUAUCUCGGCAUAAAAAAACACAUUUACAUGAGAAACCAUAUGAAUGUGAUGUGUGUCAUAAAAAGUUUGCUCAGAGGUCCCAGUUAUCUCGACAUCAAUUGACUCAUUCUGGGCUUAGGCCACAUGAAUGUGAUGUUUGCCAUAAAAAGUAUACUCACAAAAAUCAUUUAUUGGAGCAUAAAAAGAUUCAUUCAGGCAGUCCACUUGAGCCUCAUGAAUGUGAUGUGUGUCAUAAAAAGUUUGCUAAUAAAUCUAAUUUAAAUACACACAAAAUUAUUCACUCUGGACAUAAGCCUCAUGAAUGUGAUGUGUGUCAUAAAAAGUAUGGUCAGAGGUACAAGUUAUCUCGACAUCAAAUGACUCAUUCUGGGCUUAAGCCACAUGAAUGUGAUGUGUGUCAUAAAAAGUUUGCUCAUAAAUCUAGUUUAAAUACACACAAAAUUAUUCACUCUGGAAAUAACUAAGCCAUAAAAAGUCUUGUCAGCGAAGUUAUUUAUCUAUGCAUUAAAAGAUUCAUUCAGGAGACAAAAGACAUGAUGAAUGUGAUGUGUGUCAUAAAAUGUUUUCUUGGAUAUCUUCUCUAUCUAUCCAUCAGAAGUCUCAUUUAGGAAAUUAGCCUCCUGAAUUUAUGUUGGUCAUAAAAUUCUUGUUCACAAGGAUCACUAAUCUUUAUGAUAAAAUGAUGAAUUUUGCACGGAGGUCACAAAGUGGAGACAGAAAAUAUGACUUUGAUGUUUGUCAUUUAAAAAGUUCUCACUGUCAUUAGGUGUCUUAUACAGGAUAUAAUCCUCAUCAUUCUAUUAUUUGUCAUAGAGAAUAAUAGGCCUACAAAUGUAUUGGCUAUCUAAACAUUUCAUUUUAAAAAUUAGCAGAUACAAUGUUUUUUUAAACUUGUUUAAAUUGUCAGAAUUUUUUCUUGUAAACAUUUGAAACAUCAGCCUGUUGUCCAUUUGUAUGAUGUCACUAAGAAUGCAGUUAAGGCAAGGUUGAAAAUUUAAUUUUGUUAAAUUAUGCAACAACAAUUCCUAAAUAGUCACACAAGAGAAAAAACACUUCAAUGAAAGAAUGGAUGUCAUAAAUCAUCACAGCACAUUCUUUACGAUUACCUUGUUUGAUACACACACACACACACACACACACACACACACACACACACACACACACAUAUAUAAAACAAUGAAGAAACAAUGUUGUCUUCUGCACUGUGGCAGGUUCAAUGACUUACUUUAUUGUUGCAAAAUAAAUCUUGUACAAUGCAGUUUCACUAAUACAUGUUAUGGACAAACAUGUUCAUGUAAUAUUCAUACAAGUUUUUUUUUUUAAUCAUACAACCUCUGUUUCUCUGAUAUAAUUUCA